AUGCUCCCUAAUUUCACCGAUCAACUUAAACCUUACGAAUAUUUUAUAAACCUUGUAGAUAAUAAAGUAAUGCAUAAAUAUUUAAUACCUUUGACUGAUCUUAUGGUAGCUGCCAAUGGCCUCAAAAAAGAGCAUGGAGGAGAGAGUAUAUACAAAAAAGCCUUGAUCAUUAUGUUUCAUUUAGCAGCUACAAUGGAAUACAUGUUAAAAGCCUCAAGACCUUGGAUAGAAAGUGAGACUUUAUUUCUUGUAAUUUAUCUUUGUGGCACACUGUAG